AUGGUGCGUCAGCUGCACGACGGUAUGAUGGCGCGAGUCAUGGACAACGGAGCUGUCUCAGAGGCAUUCGCAGUGACCAAUGGAGUGAAGCAGGGCUGCGUACUGGCGCCUACCCUCUUCAGUCUUAUGUUCUCUGCCAUGCUGAUGGACGCCUACCGCGACGAACGCCCCGGGAUCCGCAUCGCCUACAGGACGGACGGUCACCUGCUGAAUCAACGACGGAUGCACUUCCAAUCGCGCGUAUCCACAACCACCGUUCACGAAAACCUCUUCGACGACGACUGCGCCCUGAACACCACCUCGGAAGAGGAGAUGCAACGGAGCAUGGACCUAUUCUCCGCCGCCUGCGAGAACUUCGGUCUGGUCAUUAACACGCAGAAGACGGUGGUGAUGCACCAACCGCCACCCAACUCGGCCACAGCCCCCAACGCGUCGCCGCAAAUCAGCGUGAACGGGACCCAACUGCAAGUGGUGGACAACUUCCCGUACCUAGGCAGUACUCUCUCCCGCAACACCAAGAUCGACGACGAAGUCGCCAACAGGAUCUCGAAAGCCAGUCAAGCCUUCGGUCGCCUCCAAAGCACAGUUUGGAAUCGCCACGGUCUUCAGCUGAGCACGAAACUGAAGAUGUACAAGGCCGUCAUCCUGCCGACACUACUGUAUGGAGCGGAGACAUGGACGGUGUAUGCAAAUCAUGCACGUCGUCUGAACCACUUCCAUCUCACUUGUUGUCGUCGCAUCCUGAGGCUGAAGUGGCAGGAUCGAAUCUCCGACACUGAUGUGCUAGAACGGACGAGAAUCCUCAGCAUCUACGCCAUACUGAGGCAAAUUCAGCUGCGCUGGAGCGUCCACCUGGUGCGCAUGGACGACGAGCGACUACCCAAACGACUCUUCUACGGAGACGUCGCGAGGGGUUCUCGCCGUCAAGGAGGCCAGAUUCGCCGUUACAAGGAUACCCUGAAGUCCUCCCUGAAAUGCCUACAAAUCAACCCCACCAACUGGGAGGAGCUCGCACUCGAUCGACCGACCUGA